AUGAAGGCCAUCGCCGCUAUCUCUUCCCUCCUGCUCCUCGGAGCUGCGACCGCACAGGAGAUUCAAUCUAAACCUUUCUACCUGGUGAUCCAAUCUGCCAAUAAGACCCUGAACGGCGAGAAGCUCGCUGCCUGCCACUCCGGCGCCGCCAUUGAAUCACUCUGCCUGGCCGGAUCCAGCUCCCAGUUCAACCUGAACACCACCACCGGCGAGGAGUCCCCGAUCAAGGGCCAGGCCCCCGCAGGUACUCUGGUCUGGAAGCUGCCUUACUCCGAGAACGGUGAAACUGCCUACGAGUCCGAGCCUAUGAGCUUCUACAACGACCCGUCCACCAACGUGGCCAUGCCCAUUUUCGAGCCUUCUUAUAACAUGCAGCAGGUCAUGUUCGACGAGCAGAACCGCAUGGGUAUCUACAGUUACCUUGAUGAUACCGUUACCCCGCCUACUGGUGGCACGCCUAAGAUUCUGCGGAACUGGUAUGUCUGUGAGACUUACUACACUGGUUACACCUAUACCACCCUUAACUGGGUUAUGGGUGAUGCUACUGCUAAGCCUCAGAACCCCAGCUGUGUUAAGGUGCAGGUUGAGCGCAGUUUUGUUUAA